AUGGGUCUCGGCGAAACGCAAGUCUUUCAGGAUGAAAAAUCGCGCCUGGCGAACACGACCGUCGCGCGGAUAGUAGCCGCCAAGGGCUCGUUAAACGACCCCGAAACCAAAAAGGAGUGCUGUCGCAAACUGCAGAAGCUCAACGCGACGCUCAAGGACCGCGUCGCCGCCGUGGAUGCCGCCAUGGCCCGGGACGCCAUGAAAGGCGGCGUCACGGGUCUCGGUUGCGACAACCGCAAGCUCAUAGCGGUGCUCUGUACGCGCACGAAGGCGUCCCUCGAGCGCACGAAGAAGGCCUACCGCGAGAAAUUCGACGCCGACCUCGCGAAGGACGUGCGCGAAAAGACGGGCUCGGACUACGGCCGCAUGAUGGCCUACGCGCUCGCCGCGCCCGACGCCUACGUCGCGGAUAUUAUUCACGCGGCGUGUCGGGCGUCGGUGCCGACGCAGCGUCCUGACACAACCCCAUACGCCAUCGCCGCGACAUUCCGGACGCAGGUCCCGGCGGCCAGUUCGUCGUGCCGCUCCCGGCGCCGCCGCCGCCGCGCGGGCCGCUCUACCCAUACAUGGCGCCCGGCCACGGCGGUUGA